AUGUCGCAACCACAGAAGAUCGACUUGAAUGCUCUUCCGCCUCAACAAUUGGUUGAGUUUAGGAAGAAUAUAGAUCAGGAAAUUGCUCAUUUCCAACAAUCGCUUCAGGCAUUGCAGACAGCACAGACAAAGUUGAAAGAUUGUAUAAUAAGUAUAAAUAAUUUGGAAAAAUCGAAAUCCAAUGAUAUGUUUGUACCGCUCACCAGCUCCUUGUACAUACCUGGUAAGGCGGUUUCGAAGCUGGAUUAUUUAGUUGAUAUUGGCACAGGUUAUUUUGUUGAGAAAAAAGCCGAUGAAGCAAAAAAAGUUUAUGAUAAGAAGAUCAAAAAGCUAGAUGAAGACGGUAAAAAGCUUCGUGAUAUCUUGGUACAGAAAAACGAAAUAUUAAAUGGGAUUAAUCUCAUUUUAAGGCGAAAGGUAAUUGAGAUGGAAAAACAAGAGCAAUAA